AUGCCGUUUGAGGAAGCGCAAUUCUUGUCCACACGGCAAGAGACCAGACUGUUGCCGAAUUUGUCAUCCCUGUCCACAUGGCAAGGUCAAGAGAAAGUGUGUCCCUGCCCUCAUGGUAAAGUCACGUGGAACUGUGCCGGCUGCCACGGCUGCGCACACGGGAGAGUCAAGUUCCACUGCCGUUUGUGCUAUGGUUGCGUUCAUGGCCGGCUGAAGUACCAUUGCAAAGUGUGCAAGCAGGAAAAGAGUUGUGGUGUUUUGCGAUGGCGGGAGAACUUGAUUUUGACAGAGUCCCUUGCUGCAGGUUUAUGA